GCAGGACGUCACCGCGGACUGCAGGGGCCUGGGCUACCGCUGCUGGGGCUGCUGCUGAGGCUGCUGCUGCUGCUGCUGACGCCGCGCAGCACCGCACCAGCGCACCUUGGGGUCCCGUCACCGCCGCCGCCGAAAAAGUCGCCGCCACCAGGGUCGCCACCGCUUCGGUGCAGGGUAAGAUGGCGUCAGCCACAGACUCACGCUAUGGGCAAAAGGAGUCCUCGGAUCAGAACUUCGACUACAUGUUCAAGAUUCUCAUCAUUGGCAACAGCAGUGUAGGCAAGACAUCCUUCCUCUUCCGCUAUGCAGAUGACUCUUUCACGCCUGCCUUUGUCAGCACGGUGGGCAUAGACUUCAAGGUCAAGACCAUCUACCGCAAUGACAAGAGGAUCAAGCUGCAGAUCUGGGACACAGCAGGGCAAGAGCGGUACCGGACCAUCACUACAGCCUACUAUCGGGGUGCCAUGGGCUUUAUCCUCAUGUAUGACAUCACCAAUGAGGAGUCCUUCAACGCUGUGCAGGACUGGUCAACUCAGAUCAAGACCUACUCGUGGGACAACGCCCAGGUGCUGCUGGUUGGGAACAAGUGUGACAUGGAAGAUGAGCGGGUGGUAUCGUCAGAACGUGGCCGGCAGCUAGCUGACCACCUUGGGUUCGAGUUCUUUGAGGCCAGUGCCAAGGACAAUAUCAAUGUCAAGCAGACUUUUGAGCGUCUGGUGGACGUCAUCUGUGAGAAAAUGUCCGAGUCAUUGGACACAGCAGACCCUGCGGUGACUGGUGCCAAGCAGGGCCCACAGCUCACGGACCAGCAGGCACCCCCGCACCAGGACUGCGCCUGCUGAGAGCCGCCCUGCCCGGCCCCGCCCCGCCCCCAGGGCCGGCCCAGGCCCCCACUGCCCUGGCGCCAGACCCCUGCCCCGACUUACCCAUCACCCUUAUUUAUUAUCGUAGCUAUUUAUUUAUUUAUUGAAGAUAUCCCCAAGGGCUCAGGUGUCCCACCCUGUACAUAAGCCCUGUCCCACUCUGCCGUGGCGUGUUGUGACCCUGUGAACUCUCCGCUCACCUCUUGACCCUCCCUUUUUUUUAAUUUGCCCCCAUCAACACUUAAGGGUUUUGAAGAGGGGGCCAGAUGACACCCCAAGCAGGCUGAUCCAGUGAUGGGAUGGGGCCAGGCCUGCGAGCCCCUUGGCUGGGACUCGGUGGGCCACAGUUACUGUAGGGGUCUCAGCAUGGAGCACAGAGGGUCAGAACCAGGCAAUGGCCCACCUGGCUCCUCAUCCCCCAGGGUUCAUCUGGUUUUGGAGUUCGGGGGGUGUCACUGUGGGUACUCACUACUCUGGGACCCCUACCCCUCACACACCAGACCUGUUCUGAAGUCAUGAGUGUCACACCUGCCUCCCAGUUCCCCAGGAGAUGUCAUGACUACACUACACACACCCAAUAAAGCGAAUGGACGACA